AUGGCCAUCGCAUCCUCCGGCAACCUCGUCGUGACGGCCACCACCCAGGGACGUACUCUGAUCUGCAACCGCGGCAACACGGACGCCUCAGGCGGCCCCGACCAGCUCUUCACUAAGCUGUUCCAGGCACUUGCUCCCGCCGGAGACGACAUGUUCUUAUCCAUGCCCCUCUGCCCGAAGGCGGAGAUUGAUUCGGACCCGGACCGGACAGGAGCAGGAGCACAAGAUCCCUGCUUCGAGCUCCUGCUCCGCCUCCCCAACGGCCCCUGGGCCUGGCAUCUCAUCCCGGACCCGCCGGGCCUCUCUGGCAAACCAGACAUCACUGGCUACUUCGCCGACGCGGCGGGGGCGCACGUCUGGGUCUCCUUCAAGGACCAAGGAACUUUCUCAUUUGACGCGGCGCGCCGCCGGUGGCGCAUGGAAGGCGCCUGGGAGCUGCCCCUCGCGGGCCUCUCGGUCCUGGUCUCUGAUGGCAUUCUGGGCGGCAGGAAGCUGCUCUUCGGCAAGUUGCGCGGCUGCGGGGAUGAAUAUGACCGACUGGCCGCCUGCGACAUGGAUGCCAGGCCGCCGGCGAUCAUCAAGUGCUGGAGCCUGGACGAGAUAUGCCCAUCUACCCGGCCGCGGGCGUGGCCCCGUGGAUAUCUCAAGUUAUACAACAGCACCCAGCUUGCGUACCUUGGAGGCGGCAGGCUGUGCAUCACGAUGCUUAUCGAAAAUAACCGCUGCACUGGGUGGUCGGCGGAAAGGCCAAACCCACACCUACUCACCAUCACCGCCGUGGAUGUUAAGGUCACGCCAGAGCUUCAGCUCAUCAAGCACAAAUUUAGCUGCUACUCCAUGCCACAAGACUCGCGAGCAGCUUGGGCACUGUAA